CAGAGAGGCCCCAGGAUGAAGACGUGGGCAGCUGCACGCCUGGCUCCCCUCAGCCCAGCGACGCGGACAGCGGGACCCGUGUCCAUCUGGGCGCCUGUCGCCUGCCGCCCCUCCGGCUGGACCAGCUGGGCCCCUAUCCUCUGUGGAGCUCAGGAUUGGUCGGUUGAUGCUCCUUCCCCCCCCCUUCCCCUGGACUUCCGUUUCCGGUUCUGACGGUUGCUUCUCCUGUAACGAUGAUCGGGGACAUCCUGCUGUUCGGGACGCUGCUGAUGAAUGCUGGGGCCGUGGUCAACUUUAAAUUGAAGAAGAAGGACACGCAGGGCUUUGGGGAAGAGUCGAGGGAACCCAGCACAGGUGACAACAUCCGAGAGUUCUUACUGAGCCUCCGAUACUUCCGGAUCUUCAUCGCCCUGUGGAACAUCUUCAUGAUGUUCUGCAUGAUUGUGCUCUUUGGCUCUUGAGCUCAAAGGUGGAACCAGAACUCACUGCCCGGAUGUGGAAUCUGCCUUUCCCCAUUCCCGAUGACUUCAAGGGUGUUUUUAAAGUAAACCAGGGCCGUCCCGGGAGCCCCAGCUUGCAGUGGGUGGAGCCGUCUCGCCUGCAGCUCCUGCCUGGAGGAAGGUUCCAUGAAGGCCUGCAACACAGCGACUUCCCGGACCCAGAGGUGCAGUGGCUCCUCUCGGCAGGGCCCCUGCUGGCCUCCCUAGAGCCCUGCUUCAGGAUGGUCCUCGGUUUGUUUUUAAUAACUUUCCUUUUGUCCAAAUCCUUCUGACUUUUACAAAUUUUACAACUCAUGGGAGGACCUAAGCAGAAGCGUCGCCUGCGAGCUGGAAGAAGCCUCUCUCGGGCAGCGUCUAGCUGUGUACUAUGGAUGGAACCUGGGGCCUUCGCACCUGCUAGGCAAGCUCCAUCCCAGUCCUUUCCUUUUUGUUUUGUUUUGCUAAGUUGCCCAGACAAGGGUUGAACUUGCGAUCAUCUUGCCUCCGAUCAUCCUGCCUCCGCCUCCCAGUAGCUGGGGUGAGACGCAGGUGAUGCUGCUCCAGCCUUACAAACAUCUUUCACAGUGCUGAAAUCCGAGCGCUAUGCCGCUGAGCCAGAGACUCGAAUUUCUUUCUCCAGCGGAGGGAGAGGCCGGCCGCCUGUGCCCCGGGGCUCCGAGGCAGCGGGGCGUGAACGCCUGCAGAGCUGACCUUAGCAAGCCUGUCUCCUUUCCUCCCAGCAUUUCAUCCUCGGAACUAGGUUUGAGUUUCUGAGAUACUCGCCAAGCCCCACGGUGUCUUCCCUGGUGGAAGCCAGUGAGCAGGGUGGAGCCUGCCUCCCUGCUUCGCCCUUGUUUUUCCUCACUGUGCAGGGCCAGGCACCCCUCCCCGCCCUGAGAGCCCGGAAGUGGAGUGUGGUGAGAGUGCGUGCUCCUGGAUGAGCAAAAGAACCACUGCAGAUUGGAAACUCAGACUCCGCAGUGUUCCCGACUGGGUCUUGCUGACUUGCCAAGUUGCCUUCUCCUGCCUCAGCCUCCCAGAGUGCUGGGAGGACAGAUGUGCACCACCAUGGCUGCCUUAGAUGUCAUCUCUGAGGACAAGUCACCAAGAACAGUGACGCAGAACUGGGGCAGCAGGGAGACCACAGUGCUCAGAUUAGAGCCACACCCGGCAUCAGCGGUCCGCCAGGGCUCGCCACCCCGACUUUGGAGAUUAAGGGUCCAGUGCAGCUUACCCAGUUGACGGCGGCCACAGUCCGGGCUGGGGACUGUGAGGCUCCCUGAGCCAGGACAGAUGGUGCAGGGGCAGUGUGUGCUCUGCCUGGAAACCAGCUGCAGCGAGAGGUGGUGGUGCACUCCUGUCAUCCCAGCACUGGAGAGGCUGAGGCAGGAGGAUCACCAGGAGUCUGAGUCUAGCCUGGGCUAUGCAGUGAGCUCAAGACCAGCCUGAACUACAUAGCAAGACCCUGUCUCAAAAGAAAAAAUAAAUAAAAACACAUUGUGAAAAGGAAGCCAGAUUUGUCUGUCCUUCCUAUCAGAACUAUAGUUUUCUUUCUUUCCUUAUUUUUUCCCGUUGCAUCACGUGUGUAUGUACAUAUAUAUGUACAUAUUCUAAUAAAACUAAAAGAUAAUAGUUUAUGUGCUGUUUUAUCAUUAUUAAAUUGGGAGAAUUUUG